AUGUCGUCGUUCGCUAAUUCCUGCUUCUAUUCUGUUCACCGCCAUUUGAGACGGCUCUCGCAUCUUGUUGUUGGUCACCUGUUCGAGAGUUCGAAGGACAUAGUUGUUGUUACCGGUGGUUCAUCAGGGUUGGGGAGAGAGCUAGCAUCUCUGUUUGCGGCCACCGGUGCCCAAGUGGCCGUCGUCGAUGUGAAUCUUCCCCUGACAGAAGCAUCUGUUCCUUCGGUUCAUUAUUUCAAAUGUGAUGUGGGGCUGAGAGAAGAAGUCGAAAGCUGCUAUGAGCAGAUAUGUGCCACAAUGGGUGUUCCAACUAUACUAAUCAACAAUGCUGGUAUUACGGAUGGAAAAACCAUUCUUGAGAUGUCUUAUCCAGAUAUCGAGAGGAUUAUCCGUAUCAAUUUGCUUCUGAGCUUCUUCACUAUUAAGGUUUUCCUUCCUUCUAUGCUAGCCCAAAGACGUGGCUACAUUGUCACUAUCGGAUCCGUCCUAGGCUAUAUGUCACCGGCGCAGCUCAGUGCCUAUGGAGCAUCCAAGUCUGGCCUUGUUGCAAUUCACGAGCUGCUCACGUAUGAGCUCGGCCCUCCUCUGCUCUGUGUGACCGGAGUCAAAACACUCCUAGUAUGUCCCGGAAAAAUGAAAACUUCCAUGUUUGACGGGGUGGUAAGUCCAUGGCGUUGGUUAGCACCAGAGUUAGAGCCCCUGGAUGUUGCACGUACUAUUCUCGAAGCACUCGAACAUGGACGGCGUGGUGAAAUUAAACUUCCAUUGUACGGAAACUUCUUGCCUGUCUUUCGAGCCAUGCCUUGGCCCAUCACUGAAUUAGCAAGACAUGUGUCAGGCAUCGAUGAGAGUAUGUGCACCUAUAAGAAUGCACCAAACAAACAGGCAUCAGCCAUAUCUAUGCCCCGUUCUUAUUAA